AAAUAUUCGAAUCUUGUUUAUUUAAAAUCGAUAUAUCUAAAAGAAAAAUGAAAACGAUUGUGAUUAUUUCUGCUAUUUGCGUUUGCGUUGCUGCAAUGACAGAUGAGGAAUUAAAAACUGGAUUACGUACUCUACAGCCAAUUUGCAUGGCAGAAAGUGGCGCUAGUCAACAAAUAAUAGAUGAUGUUAAUGAUGGCAAGAUCAAUAUAGAUGACGAAAAUGUUUUAUUAUUCGUUGAAUGUACGAUGAAAAAAUUUAAUAUUGUUGACGAGAAUGGAAAUUUUAAGGAAAAAGAUACCAGAGAUGUUGUAGGAGCAGUUUUAAAUGAGGAUGAAGUUAAUCAAUUAAUCACCGAAUGUUCACCUAUCUCUGAUACCAAUGUACGUGUAAAAAUUAGUAAGAUAUUACAGUGUUUUGCGAAAUAUAAAACAAUAAAUGCUGUACUAAAUUCCUAAAUAUUCAACUUUC